GGGACGUGAGGAGGCGGGGACUCGGUGACGUCAGGGAGUAGGUUCAAAGAUGGCGGCUGGCGGUGUGGUUGCUAAGUCUGUCAUGUGAGGCCAGGGUCAAUCUUGACUGUGGGGUGCAGAGACUGGUGGGAUCUCGGCCUUUAAUGUAGAUUUCAUGAUUAACACUUAAAGAUGGCAACGACAGAUGGAGAUCUGCAAUUGGAUUGUAACUCUGAGUUGCGUGAUCUAAGACAGAAAGUCAUAAACCUGGAGGAAGAAUUAACUGACUGUAAAAAUCAGCUUUUGGCCUUACAGAAAGAGCUAAAUCAUACUGAGGUCCUAUACAAUGAUGCAAAAUGUUGCAAUGAAGAGCUUUACAAACAGGUUAACGAUCUUAGUGAAAAACUCCAUGAAAGAAAAAAGAAAGAAAGUAAUAAAACUGAUGUUGAAAUUCAGACAGAUCUUUGCUUUACACAUGAGAACAGAGACUUUCAGAAAGAAGAUCUUGAUUUUCAUUACCAUCUGAGAAGUGAUCAAAAUGAUGCGUGGCAAGUAUCAGGGCCUUUAGAGGAUUCCACUUCGGUGUUAGCUCAGUCUCAAACACAACCACAGACAGACUGCUCGCAGUUCUCAGAAACUGUUCAGACAGAUAGUUAUCAGUGCACCGAUUACCCUGAUGAAUCAGCACCACCAGAUGGAUCUGGAGACCAUAAGAAUGUGGAUGAAACUACAGGGGACUCAAAGAAUAUAUCUCUGGCAGAGAGUUUACGUGUUACUGCAGAAGCUGCUAUGUCACAGACGGGCUUCAUGUACGAUGGGAGUAGUGGGUUGUAUUAUGAUUACAGUACUGGGUUCUACUAUGAUUCGACAAACCAGCUCUACUAUGAUCCAAACACUGGAAUUUACUAUUAUUAUGAUGCUGGGAGUGGCCUCUACCAGUUUCAUUCUCGAGUGGAUCUACUUGCAUAUCAAACAGCAGAUACAGAGAAAAAGGUUAAGAAAAAACGAAAGGGAGUAGAAAAGUUAGAGCUAAAGGAAGAAAAGGAUAUUGAAGCUGAAAUAUCGAAAGCUUCAAGUAAUUGCAGGUUUUGGGACCUGAAAGAGAAUGAGUUACCAUCAGCAGAAAAACGAAAGAAAACAAAAAUGGUGGAUAUUGAUCAGAGUUCCUCCAAUGGACUCAAUUCAAAUCUAGGCUUGAGUAUCCAAGGUGAAGAGGAUGUUGAAGUAAAGCUGGAAGAGGCUGGGUUUGCAAGUGAACCAGAGGAAGGAGAAAUCACAGAUUCUGAGAAAAGCAGUUUAAUAGAUGAAGAGACAGAAGAAUCAGGUGAAGGUGAAGAUGAUUUUAUGAAUGAAGGUCAUCUGUGGCCUCCAUGUAUCCGUGUGAUGGUAGUGCGAUCACCAGUCCUGGAACCUGGUACACUGUUCAUUAUCACUGCAGAAAAGUCAGCUACUAUUGGAAGAGAGAAAGAUAUGGGCCAUGCCAUCAGAAUAGCUGAACUGGGAGUCAGUAAGUUCCAUGCUGAAGUAUAUUUUGAUCAAGAUCUGCAAAAGUACAUGCUUGUAGACAAGGGGAGCCAAAACGGGACUGUUGUCAAUGGGAACAGGAUCCUUGCUGUAAAAAAUAAAUGUGAUCCCCAAGGGUUGGAACAUGGUGAUGAAGUAAAAUUUGGGGAAACAGUAUUAUCAUUCCACAUCCAUCCUGGAAGUGAAACAUGUAAUGGCUGUGAACCAGGCCAGGUUAUAGCUCACCUGCGCCUCAAUAAAAAAGAAGAAUCUGUAGCUGUUCCAGUGCUGAGCAAGGAGGAGAAAGAUAAGUUACGGCGUCAUGAGUUAAAACAGAUUCAGGUCAAGUAUGGAUUACAGAAUAGUGCAUAUGAAAGAGGUAACUCAAUGAAGAAUUUGAUAUAUAAGGAUCGAGCUGCAAAACGUAGGCAGGAGAUUGGAAGUGAUGGCAUUUUCAAAAGAGAUGAUGCUCCUGCUUCAAUUCAUAUGGAAAUCUGUGAUGACAACAAAGGACGAAAGAUGUUGGAAAAGAUGGGCUGGAAGAAAGGAGAAGGACUUGGUAAAGGAAGCUGUGGAAUUAAAGAGCCGAUUCAAGUUCAACUUCAUCAGUCACAAUCUGGUCUGGGGGCUAAAAUACCGCUUUCAAUUGAAGAUGCACAACUAUACAGCUCCAAAAACCACAAGAACUGGGCCAAAGCCAGAGCAAGAUUUUCAGAAGCCUUCCAGCAGACUUCAAGUCAAAAGGAAGCGGAUACAAAAAUAUGUGCAAAAACUGAAUGUAAAAAGAGGGAUCCAGAAGAUUCUACGAUUUAAGUUUUCCAGUGUUCAAUUUUUUUUAAAUAAAAUGUAAAGCUGCUAAACGUU